GCUGCAGUGGUGGGAAAUAUUAAGACAGUCCUUUUAAAACUUGUCAGUCGAUGAAUAAGGUAAUGUCCCUGUACAGCAAUGAAAAUGAACCCGCACGAAAAGGUUAAUUUAAUCAGUCAGCUGGGCAGCUUACAGUUCAGUACAGUUGUUAAGCUCUGAAAGCUCUGACACGUUAGCCAAAAGCUAAUUCUUUAGUAAGUUGGUGUUAAAGGUAAACGUAGCUUUGUGUUUAAUGUUAAUGUUUGAGUUAGGAGUGUCAAAAGGCUUGCUUUGGUGUAAGAUAACGGUGAACGAUGAAGUUAGACUGACUGACCGACUUAGUUAUUCUGAGUUAACACCAGCUAAGUUAGCUAAGGUUAGCUAAACGACUUGUGAAUGAGUUGAUAACCUGAUAACAUUAUUUCGCUGACUGUAUUCGACAUUAAUUAUUUAUCACAAGUUGGUUAAAUGCUGGUAUUGUACGUUUGUUCGCUCAUUACAGUCGUGAAGCGCCAGUGAAGUUUUGCAUCAGGUACCUUUGAUAUACGUACUUGGCAUUAAAUUAGCUUUAGCAAACGUGCUAUUGACCCCACGAUACGUAAUUGAGUUUCCAGUGUGAGAUAAGCCCAAAUUGGAGUAAGUGGCUGCUCUUCUUUGGCGGUUUGAUUUACGUAACCUAGCCUCACCAUACUGGGGGUCAUGCAGGCGGAGGAUGUCUGCUGCAGCUCUACGUUUGAUCCGCUGCCGGAGACUGAGCACAGCUGGGCCUCCUGGAGUGAAGAGAGUGCUUCAGUGGAAAGAUUUAAGGAAGGUUGCUAAAGUAACUGGUGCAGUUGUCUUGGGGGGCUGUCUUUUUAUCACAUAUGAGGUUGUAGCCUUGGACAAGGCUGUGACCAUUGACACUAGUGCAAUUUUUCAAGAGAAGUACAAGUCUUACAUUUAUCUGAGAGCCACACCCUCAGAUGAAAAGGAGAACCUUACUGCAGGGCUUACACACAAAGCAAGGAGGGAACUUCACAAAGCAGCACGGCGGUUUCUGGAAAUAUCCUCUAGGCUUUUACUGCGAUCACUAGAUGAGCACUUUAGCCAUGUAGAUGCAGACCCACAUGAGGUGGCAUUAUGGGUCCUGCUGAAGAGGACACAGUCAGCCAAUAAAGCCAUCAGACUACCAGCUGUACAGGAGCUUGCAGAUAAUCACCACUGGCACGACUACCAGUACCAGACAGCAGCCCAAUUUAUAGACCAGCGAACAGCAGUGGGCUUGGCCCGGACUCCUCAGGUAGACCUGCGAUUCUUCCUGCCCCCACCUGUGCUACCUGAUCUGGAAGAUGGUUUGACAGCAGAGGAUGGACUGAGACAGCUGCUGGCGUCUCUGCCUCUGUCUGAGGUGGACAAAUGUGUUCAGUACUUCACUUCACUGGCCCUCAGAGAGAGCACUCAGUCCAUGGCAGCACAACGGGGUGGUCUUUGGUGCUUUGGCGGCAAUGGUCUGCCCUACGCCCAGAGCCUCACCUCUGUCCCCUCAGAGAAGGUGGAAUCCUUCUGUCUGCAGGCACUGGUACAGCACUCAAAGGUCCAGAGCCACUGUGACCAUAUAGUUGCCAACGGGGGCCUGCAGCUCCUCCAGAGGGUUUAUCAGCUCCGUAGAGACUCCCUGAAGAUUCAGAGGAACAUUGUUCGUAUCAUAGGAAACUUGGCGCUCAAUGAGAGUGUUCACCAGGCCAUAUCCCAGUCUGGCUGGGUAUCUGUCCUGGCUGAGAUGAUGCAGUCUCCUCAUGUCAUGCAGGCGUCUCAUGCGGCUCGCGCUCUGGCCAACCUGGACAGGGAGACGGUGAAAGAGAAAUACCAAGAUGGUGUCUACAUCCUCCAUCCACAAACACGUGGCAACCAGCAAAUCAAAGCAGAUGUGCUUUUCAUCCAUGGGAUUCUCGGGGCAGCAUUUAAAACGUGGAGGCAGAAGGACCGCAAUACAUUAGAGGAAGAGAAGGAGGCAGAAAGCAGGGAUGACUACACAGAGUGCUGGCCAAAGUCAUGGUUGGCUGCUGACUGUCCAAAUCUGAGAGUACUAUCAGUAGAGUAUGACAGUCACCUCAGUGACUGGAUGGCCAAGUGUCCCGCUGAGAAUCAGAGGAAAUCCUUGGCCUACAGAAGUCGAGAGCUGCUAAAGAAGUUAAAGCUGGCAGGGGUUGGAGAGAGGCCUGUGGUCUGGGUAGCCCACAGUAUGGGAGGAUUACUUGUGAAGAAAAUGCUUCUUGAUGCCUCUGAGGACCCAGAUAUGCAUGAGCUGUUAAAAAACACCAAGGGCAUUGUGUUCUAUAGUGUUCCUCACCGUGGAACUUCUAUGGCCGAGUACUCAGUCAAUGUCAGAUAUCUCCUCUUUCCCUCUAUAGAAGUCAGAGAACUUUGUAAAGACUCACCAGCACUGCGAAAUCUAAAUGAGAACUUCUUGAACAUGGCCAGAGAAAAGGAAAUCAAGGUCCUGAGCUUUGCAGAGAGGCUGCCAACAAACAUUGGUCCCAUGAUCAAGAUACUGGUGGUACCAUCACAGUCAGCAAAUCUUGGCAUCGGUGAGCUCAUCGAGGUGGAUGUAGAUCAUCUCAACAUAUGCAAGCCAGAGAAGAAAGACUCAUUCCUGUACAAACGCAGCCUCCAGUUCAUCCAGGAAGCACUGCAGAGCUACAUCAGCCACUGACUGAAAUAUAUGAACACAAACACACUGAUACAACCUACUGUAUACUUGAAAUGGGGGAGAGCCCUGUCACCCAUCCACACCCUAACCAAAUGGAAACAUAACUGCCUCUUCUUGUUGAAAACUUACAUAAACACUCACUAAUGUGAUCAUAGUAUAAUUGGGGAAAUUAAAUGUAUUUUACACAGUGAUAUAUUUGAAGAGUUGCCAGUUGUGAUGAUUUUAUUCUCCUAGUCAUCCUCCUAGAUUGGUUUCUCUAACUAGUGAGUCAGAUGAAUUUUAAAGAUUGUUUGAAUUUUUAAAGCACAUAAUAUGUUUACAAGUAAAUUCAGAAAAAUUAAUUUUAGAUUUUAUUUUUCUGGAUUUUUUUCCGAUUUCAUCUGAACCAUAGCAGUUUAACUUAGCAUGUGGUGCGUAAUGCUCAUAUUGUAUCAGUUCAAGAUGCACUGACAUGUCGUUGCCACUAAUGCUCCUUACAUUUCUGACCAGAGCAAUGGUUUAAGAUUUUAUUUUUAUAUUUAUAUUUUAUUAUAACUGCAGUAUGACAUGUCAUUGUGUGCCAAAACAUAUUACUUCCUGAGCCUUACCUUAAAUGGACCUGUAUUAAUAUUAGUUCAGGUUGCUUUAUUUAUCUGUAUGGGACUAAUCAAGAAAUUGGUUUUUAAUUUCCAAACUGUCCAAACUGCCACUAGCAAUGCUGACAAUGAAUAAAUGUAUAAAGUU